GUCUAGCAUUUAUUUAUUUAACAACCCCGCGGAUAAAUCGAAGGUUGAAAAAGAUUACAUUUCCUUGUCUUGUAGGAGAUAAGAAUCAACACACACUUAAGACAAUUCUAUUGAAAGAGAGAGAUAAUAAUUAAGGGAAUAGAGAAAGAGAGUCUUACAGAAAAAGGAAACUAAAGAAAAUGGCUACUGAGCUUGUUAAUGGUGUUUCUCAUGAUCUCUUGUCACUUCUCUCAUCAGACGACAGAGACUUUGUGAUCCGCAGCAACGGUGAUCAGAUAAGAAUCAGCAGCUUGGUUGGAAAAAUUGUGGGAUUAUAUUUCUCUGGAUCAUGGUGUGGGCCAUGUAGGCAUUUCACACCAAUCUUGGUCGAAGCCUAUGAAGAGCUUUCAUCGAAAGGCGAUUUUGAAGUGGUUUUCAUUUCUUCUGAUAGAGAUGAUGAAUCUUUCAAUGGUUACUUCUCCAAAAUGCCAUGGCUUGCCAUUCCAUUUCCUGAUCAGGGAACACUAAAGCGCCUGAAGGAGUUGUUUAAAGUGAGGGGAAUUCCUAAUCUGGUUGUUCUUGAUGCUAAUGGGAAGGUUUCUUGUGAUCGAGGUGUCGACAUCAUUAGGAACUAUGGAGCAGAAGGUUAUCCGUUUACCCCAGAAAAACUUGACUAUCUUAGACAGGAAGAAGAGAAUGCUAAGAAUAAUCAGACGAUAAGCUCUAUCCUGGUUUCAAGCUCUCGCGAUUAUCUGAUAUCAAAUGAGGGAACUAAGAUCCCAGUGUCUGAUCUUCAAGGGAAAAUGGUAGGUUUGUAUUUCUCGGCAUAUCCUCAUCGGCUAUGUCUAGAAUUUACUCCUAAACUUGUUGAAAUAUAUAAAAAGCUCAAGGAAAAAGGAGAGAACUUUGAGAUUGUACUGAUAUCGAUAGACUAUGACGAGAAGGACUUCAAACAAAGUUUUGAAAAAAUGCCUUGGCUAGCAUUGCCAUUUCAGGACAAAGGCCGUGAAAAAUUAGCACGUUAUUUUGAGCUUAGUGCCCUUCCUUCUCUGGUUAUAAUCGGAGAAGAUGGGAAGACUUUGAACCAAAAUGUAGCUGAACUUAUUGAAGAUCAUGGUAUUGAAGCCUACCCAUUUACUCCAGAUAAGCUUGAUGAGCUUGCUGAGAUUGAGAAGGCUAGACUUGAAGCACAGACACUAGAGUCUGUUUUGGUUCAUGGUGAUAAAGAUUUUGUGAUCGAAAAAACUGGUUCGAAGGUCCCAGUGUCUGAAUUAGCUGGAAGGAACGUUCUUCUCUAUUUCUCAGCUAAAUGGUGCCCUCCUUGCCGUGCUUUUUUACCCAAGCUAAUUGAAGCAUACAAAGAAAUUAAAGAAAAGGACAGUAGAUUUGAGAUAAUUUUCGUCUCAAGUGAUCGCGAUCAAUCCUCAUUCGAAGAAUUCUAUUCGGGUAUGCCUUGGUUAGCCCUUCCAUUUGGCGAUGAAAGGAAAACAAUCCUGCAAAAGAAAUUCAAAAUCAAAGGCAUUCCUGCAGCCAUAGCCAUUAGUUCAAGCGGCAAGACAGUAACUAAAGAAGCUAAAGAACACUUAACAGCUUAUGGUGCAGACGCAUAUCCAUUCACUGAACAACAUUUAAAGCAAUUAAAAGAAAAGCUUGAGGAAAUAGCAAAGGGGUGGCCUGAGAAACUGAAACACGAACUCCACAAAGAGCAUGAGCUUGUACGCAUUAAACGCAAGGGAUUUGUCUGCAAUGGGUGUAGAGAGAUGGGACAUGGCUGGUCUUUCUAUUGCAAAGAAUGUGACUUUGAUCUUCACCCUAACUGUGCUUUAAAGAAAAAAGAAAAUGGUGAAGAAGGAAAAGGUGAGGAGGGACGGAUUUGCCAAGGAGAUACUUGUAGAAAAGCUUAGAAAGAAGGAAAUGAACUAAGGAGUUGCUUUUGUCUGUUUAUGAUAAAUAAAUAAAGAAUAAGGUAAGCUUGCUGCUUGUUGUGUUUGGUUUUGGAAUUUGCUUCUGUAAAAAUUUGAACAAUGCUAGUUGCUGUUUCUUUAUGGUGGUGUUCUACUAUGCAUUGGCUA